AUGACACCACACGCUACCCCGAAAUUGACUCCACUGGGUUCCUCUCAAAGUCCUCGUAGUCCGCCUGCUCAGGCAGAACCCCUUCAGGACUUAUCAGAAGACCAGGUAGAAGGCCCCUCUGUUGCUGAUGAAGACUUCGAUGAAGGGUUGUUUGGAGAUGGAGACUCAGCAUAUGAUACAAGUGACGAUGCUACUGACUCAGCUUCUCUGAAUUCAAGUAUCAUGAGAUUUAGAGAGGAAAAUGGAAGGACAUACCAUUCCUUUGGAGGAUCGACUGACCACUGGGGGCCAAAUGAUGAAAUGGCACAAGACCAACAAGACAUCAGUCAUCACUUUUGGACAUUGAUGCUACAUGGAGAACUUUACCUGGCACCAAUAAAAAAUCCCCAGGUUGUAUUAGAUGUCGGGACAGGCACAGGUAUAUGGGCCAUUGACGUUGCAGAUAAGCAUCCAGAAGCGUUUGUCAAAGGCACUGAUGUUUCGCCUAUCCAGCCGACAUGGACACCGCCAAACGCGAAAUUUGAGAUGGAUGACUUCAACGUGGACUGGAACUAUACUGACAAAUUUGAUUUAAUCCACGAGAGAGAACUCCUUGGUUCUGUGACAAGUUGGCCAAAGUUUUACGAUCGUGCUUUUAAAGCCUUAAAGCCGGGGGGCUGGAUUGACUGCUCUGAACCUGGGCUUUAUUUUGAGUCAUUCUAUGAUACUUUGGGCCCAGACCACCCCUACAAGACAUGGGGAACUUGUAUGCUCGAAGCGGGUAACAAUGCUGGUAUGAGCUUUGACGUGGGACCUUACAUCAAGCAGCGUCUUGAAGAUGCUGGAUUCAUCAAUGUAGUUGAGAAGAAGGUAUGCUGUACGAUUGGUAAGUGGUCCAAAGAUAUGCAUGAGAGGGAAACAGGUCUGUGGGAGCAGUUAAGAUUAGAAAGAGGGGUACAAGAUUUCUGCCAGAGACGAUUCAUGAACAACCUGGGGUGGUCAGCCGCCGAGGUGAGUGUCUUCGGUGCUCGGAUGAGAGCAGCUGUCAAGAACAACAGGCUCCUUGCGCAUCAUUGGUUCUAUUUUGUAGUAGGGCAAAAGCCAUUGUAG